AUGUUAACUUCACCGAUUCCUGCCGACUUAAAUAAUCUUCAAUCUGUAAUUAAUGCUCGUCGUUUUUAUGAGACCUGCAUAAAUGAAACGGUGAUAGAAUCCGAAUCUAUCAAUGUAAUUCUGAGUAUCGUCAAUGAUCUCGGUGGAUGGCCAAUCUUACAAGGUUCAUCAUGGAAUGAAACAUCAUUUAAUCUUACAAAUUUAUUAAUUCGAUUACGUGAAUAUGGUUACAAUAUGAUAUAUGGUUUUGGUACAUCAAAUGAUGAUAAAAAUUCUUCAACUAAUUUUAUUCGAGUUUACCAAAGUGAUAUUGCUCUUGCACAACGAUCAAAUUAUCUUAAUGAAACAAAAGUUACCAGAUCUUACAGACAGUUUAUUCAAGAUGUAGCUUCAGCGCUAGCAAUUGGUAGAAUAGUAAAUUCUAGUGAAGUUGACGAUAUUUAUAAUUUUGAAAAACUUAUUUCAACUUUUCAUUGGACACCAGCUGAACAACGUGCUAGACAAAAUGAAACAAUUCGUACAACAGUUGGAAAUCUUUCACAAAUAUUUAAUACAAGUUUUGGAUUUACGAAUUAUAUUCAACAUAUAUAUUCUUUAUCAAAUAUUCCUUUAUAUGAUAAUGAUAUUGUAUCAGUUAGUGAACUUGAAUUUUUACGUAAUGCAUCAUCGAUUAUUGAUUCAUCUUCGCGACGUGUACUACAAAAUUAUAUUAUAUGGCGUUUUAUUAUGAGCAGAAUAACAGAUAUGCCUAAACGUUAUCGAGCUCUAAAGGAUCCAUUUGAUGAAGCUUAUCGAGGCACUUUUGCUCAACGUCCACGUUCAAUAACAUGUGGAAGUUAUAUUAAUAGUAAUAUGGGUUUUGCUCUUUCAAAAAUUUAUAUUAAACAAUAUUUUGAUGAAAGCGCGAAACAGCAGUAUAUUUUCAAUGAAUCAUAUAUAAGUAAUGUUUUAAAAUUAUUAAAAAUAAAAGCCAAUGAAAAUCUUCGAAUGCUUCGUGAACUUGUUGAUCGUAAAGCAUGGGGUGCUAGUCCACCAACUAUAGUCAACGCUUUUUACAGUCCACCAAGAAACCAAAUCAUUUUUCCAGCUGGUAUUCUACAAAUGCCAUUUUUCAAUAAAGAUGCACCGAAAUAUUUGAAUUAUGGUGCUAUCGGAGUGGUUAUUGGUCAUGAAAUUACUCAUGGUUUUGAUGAUAGUGGUCGUCAAUAUGAUAAAGAUGGAAAUCGUAUUUCCUGGUGGACUGAUGAUACUAUUAAAAAAUUUAAUGAACGUAAGCAAUGUAUAAUCGAUCAAUAUAGUAACUAUGUUGUAACUCAAAUUAAUAGGACCUUGAAUGGAUUUCAAACACAAGGUGAAAAUAUUGCUGAUAAUGGUGGAAUAAAAGAAUCAUUUUAUGUAAGUUUUAUUUUAAAUUUAUUUAGAAAAACUGAAGUAAAAGCAAACUUUUAUGCGCAUACACGUAUAUAUGUAUAUAUAUUUAUAGCUUAUCAAAACUGGAUUCGAACGCAUCCAAAUGAAGAUAAAAAAUUAUCUGGUCUAUCUGAGUAUUCAGCAGAACAAAUGUUUUUUAUUAAUUAUGGACAGAUUUGGUGUUCGAAAAUGACUGAUGCUAAUGCAUUGAAUAGAAUUUUAACAGGUGUUCAUUCACCGGGAGAAUUCAGAGUUCGUGGUCCAACAUCAAACUUUGAUGAAUUCGAUCGGGCAUUUCAAUGUUCACCUGGGCAAAACAACAAGAGUCAAAAUCCCAAAUGUGCUGUUUGGUAA